AUUCAAGUCUCGAGAAAAAAAAAGGAAAAAAGUUUUCAAGGCCGCUAGAAAAUGAAAGGAGAUGAAGCUAAGCGGUUGGGGAAGAAAGGCCACACAAAUUUGUAAAUCACAUCUUCUAUGAUUCUAUCUUUGCGUUUUGAUUGGCCUGGAUAAUAUCCACUUGGGUAUUUUAUUUUCUUCUGAAAAUUUUAAAAUCAUGGCAUAUAUAGCACAACAGCUGAGUUGUUGACUUUAAUGAAGAUGUACUUUCAGUUCUUGGGUGUUGAGUGUUGAAGAGAUACAGAUUAUGAGCUGUUGAUAUUACAAGUACUAAGGACAUAGCUUCACUCUUCUACUCAACUAAAAAUCAAUCUAGAUAUUAUAUUCAAGAGAUUUGCAGAAUGUUCUCCCUUUGCUCUGCCGCUUCAACCUCCUACUCCUCCAAGAUAUCCGUACAUGGAGACAAUUUUCCAGUUUCAUCAUAUCACAAGUCAUUCGAUGUCAGAGGCAUUCUAGAUGAAAAAGCAGUUUCGAAUUUCUCAAAUGGAUUUCAGUUACAGCCGUGGUCCUCCAGAAGCUACUCAAUCGGUGCAAUGAGCAAGGAAUUCAUGGCGGGCCUUCAGUUAGUAGACAGCCCAAGUGCUCUUGGAGUGGAAAAAUCCUUAAAUUUUACAGACCGAGUUGCUGAUCAUGCUGAACUUUUGCACAUGACAUCCAAUGAUAAUACGUCCUUGAUAUCUGAUUCUGUGAGCAUGAAACCAGAGUCAUUAGCUAACAUAAAACCUAACGUUCAAGAUAUUCUCAGUGGAAUCACAGAGUCCAUAAGUGCUUCAGUUAGUAAAGGAGAAAAUACUUUGACAGGAACAAUUGAUAAUAUCACUUCCUCUGUGACAUCUGCUCUUAUGGGUGCUAACGAAGGUUUUUAUACUGCUGUAAAUAAAUUGAAAUCUUCUGUUGAUCAAACUGGAGAUUCAGCCGGCAAUAGAUUAUCAAGCUUGUCAGAUGACUCAAAGGAGGCAUUGGGUCGUACAGUUUCUGUUGCUGUUGACUUAUUGAGGUAUGCAAUUCAAGCUGCUGAGGGAUAUCUAGCAAAAGGGGGUACACUCGUCGUGUAUGCCUAUGGUUCUGCAAAAGGGUUUCUUCCUGCAGAGAUACAGAAUGCCCUAAAAGUUUCUGAAGAGAGUGCUGAUAAAAUUUUGAGGCCGGCAGGGGAUGCAUUUCAACAGGUUUACAUUGGUUUGGAAGGUCUAGAAAGAAGUUUUGGCUUGGACCCCAGUGAUCCAGUUGUUACACUUGUUCUCUUACUUGGAACCUCAGGCAGUUUAUGGGGUGCUUAUUGGUUUUUAACCUAUGCUGGAUACGCUGGAGAAUUAUCACCUCAAAUGACAAUGGAAUUGUUGACUGGAAAGGAGAAUGCCGUACUUAUUGAUGUUCGGCCCGAGGAAUUUAGGGAAAGAGAUGGUAUCCCUGAUUUAAGGCGUUCUGCACGGUUUCGAUAUGCCAGUGUAACACUACCCAAGUUUCAGGGAGAAAGUUCCAUGAAGAAGUUGUUGAAAAGUGGAAAGGAUCUUGAUGACACCUUAACUGCUGCUAUCAUCCGGAAUUUGAAAAUUGUUAAGGACAGGUCGAAAGUUAUAGUAAUGGAUGCUGAUGGUACCCAGUCGAAAGGAAUCGCAAGAUCAUUAAGGAAACUUGGCGUUAAGAAACCUUACCUGAUGCAAGGUGGCUUUCGGAUCUGGGGUAAAGAGGGCCUUAGUAUAAAGGAGCUAAAACCUGAGACACCACUUACCAUACUAAAUGAGGAAGCUGAAGCAAUAAUUAAACAAGUCAAUCCUACUCCACUAAAAGUUCUUGGGUUCAGCUUGGGUUUUGCUGCUGCAGUGUAUGCUUUAUCAGAAUGGGAAACGACCCUACAAUUUGUUGGCGUCUUUGGCGUUGCUCAGACUAUAUAUCGACGUCUUGCUUCUUACGAGGGGUCGGAGGAUUUUACUCAAGAUUUGAGGCAACUUCUUGUUCCAGUUCAAUUGGGAGGACAAGCUGUUUCAUGGGCUGCCGGAAAGCUGGAGAGUAAUGGUAUAGGCCUAUCAACGUCACCUUCAUCAUCAGACGUACAGAGCAGGGUACUGCAGGCUGCUGCAAAACAUGAAUCGCAACCCUUGGAUAGUGAACUCCAAGACACAUCUACAGAGUCGAACACUUCUUCAGUUACUGACAGUAUGGAUAUAUCUCAAGCAUAGAGUUGCUGUGUUCUGUUCUUAAAUCUGUAUCUACUAUCACCCUCCACUUUAUAAUAAGAAUUGGGGCCGACCAAAUCUCUUAAUCUAUGAAGCAUCUCCUUCGUUUUCUUCAAA